AGUUUCCCUGGGAGGGUAGGGGGGUAGGUGCUGGUCGUCUGAUGGAGGGGCAUUUAAUCUCUCUGACACUUUGGUGCUAAGUCCCUUUACCAUCUCCAGCAGCUUGACUUCUCCUACUGUUGGCACUCCACAGCUCACAGAAAACCUUUCGAGAGGUAAAUGGGGAGGAAACAAAGACUUUUUCCAAAAGUUGCAGUCCAGUCCCCUGCAAAAGACCUUCACUCAAAGGUGCAGUCAAGUUUGCCAUAUUCCCAGCAUCGGAUUUUAUCAUCACGGGAAGAAGACAGUUGUUCCAGAGGUGAGCAGAUACCUCACUUUAAUCAGGAAAAAAACAAGUCAUUACCCCUUUCAGAUCAAAGGACCACACCUGUACCCUCACAGUGUCAGAAACACAAGGAAACAACCAGGCAGCUGCCUGACUCCGACAACCAGAAAGUGCCUGUGCUGUUACCCUAUCUUGACAAGUGGAAGAUGACUAAACCACCCACACCUCAUAAGCACCAUUAUGCGGCCACAGUUUUGCCCUCAACAUACCAUGAAUACAAGACUAAAGGAAUUCCUAUGUCAUUACCUUCCCUAGGACAAUGCGUAACACCACUACUCAGACCUGACCAAAAGGUUCAAAUUCGGUUCCACCCUGACUCUUGGACAGAAAAUCUCUUGGACUCUGACCAGGUCCCCAAGUUUUCACACUACCCAUUCAACCAAUAUUCUACAGCAACACCAAUCACUAACCACUGGUUUGAAGUCCCGCUUUGUCCCUCAUCCCAGGACAGGGCCAUGAUUGAACCAUUAACAUGCCAUAGUCAUCAGGCUCAGCCUUUGCUGAGUGGUAAACCAUGGGUCAGGGAAACACCUCACCUGAAUCACUGGCACAGAGCCAUAGUAAAAUCAUUGCCAUUUCUUGACCAUUGGUACAGGGCUACAGACUUUAAUCCAUCACAUUCUCACCUGUACUCCAGAUCCAGGGUGGCUAUACCUUCAUUACAAGCCAACCUCUAUACCAAGGUCACAAUUCCAUGUUCAUUGUGCCCCUACCAGUGGGUUAAAUCCACAUCAACACUAUCUUCACAAGGAAAAGUCAUGGUUAUGCCAUCACCAGCUCCCCAACUCCAGGCCAGGACAAAACCUUCACCAUCACUAGGCCCUGAACUUUCAGUCAAAGGCACAGAUUAUUCACCGUGCCCUGACUAUUGUGGUGAGCUGGCUUCUAUGCCUCCUCCAUGUCAUGACAACAUGACUGAAGUUCCACAGAAACCUGAUAACCAGUCCAAGGACAUAUUUGGAUCAUUACCAUCUCCUGACCCCCAUGAUACACAUCCACCAGACACCAAUCACUGCGAUGAACCUGAGGUUUCACUGGGCCUAAACCAUGAGAUUACAUCUUGAGACACUGCCCACUUUGUGCACCACAUAUUAAUUAUUCAUGCAAACAUUAACUAGUAUCUAAUUAACAGGCCAGAGUUUCACCAAGUUCAAGGCACCAUAAUUAGGUUUCCCAAGUUCUGAACUGCUGGGCUAAGUCUGUCCCAGGUCUUAAUCACUCAUUUACAUUUCCACUAGGCUUGAACUAUCAGCCAGUGUCUCCACAGGUCCUGGAUACCUCAAUUAAUUUUAAAUCAAUACUUGUUGACUGGGAUGUAUCACCACCAACUCUUGUCUAGCAGGAGGAAACUACUCUGAAAACUAACUCAAAGACAGCAUCCUCAAGGGGCCUAGAUCACUUGGUUAUAUCAUCAGUAGGCCUGGACCGUGGAACCAAACCACCGACCCCUGGCCAAAUGACCAUAGUUUCAAUUAAUCUGAAGGCUCCAACUCCAUCCACCCCAGACUACAAGGCCAAUGUAUACCAAAACCUAACAUACAGCUAACAUUUCCUCCAGACUCCAGGACUUGACCAUCUGAACCCAUUUCCAAAAUGCCAGGACCACUGGACAAACAACUCUAUUCAGGAAUGGAAGAGUAUAGACCAACAUGUGAUCAUUCCCUCUGACCCUAACCACCAGGACUAAACUAUAGAACCCACCCAACAGCAUCACCCAAGGAAGGCCUGGAACACUGCAGAGAAGCUACACAGGGACCCAAUUAUUGGAAUUCCCCUCCCACCAGGUCCUUACCUCCAAGACCAAAAUUCUUAUAGGCUGUGACUCUUUGACUAAGACUACAUUGAACUCUGACCAUCCAGAAAAGAUGGCUCCUCAGGAAAGCUUAUGGUACUUAAGUUACAUCAAACCAUAUGCCAUAAGAGGGUAGGCUAUGCUUACCAGAAUUUCCAGGAAAUCAACAUCAGUUCCACUGCAAGGAGAUUCUCCUGCAAUAGCUAAAGAAAUGUAGGUCUUAAAUGCCAUGUAAUUGCUUGGCCUGUUUAAUUGUUUAAUUUGUGCCUCCUGUAUCUCAAAUGACCAUCCCCAUAUUCAAGGAAUGAUAUCUUUGUUGAGCUCAAAUAUUGAUCAAAACAGCACCUCUACCCAGUUCUGAGAGGAUGAGUAUGAAAAAUCCCCAACCAAAGAUAUUUUUCAUUUUUAGCUUCCAUCAAUGACAUCCCAAUAUACUCAUUCCCUCACACUAUCCACUACUCUUUAUAUCAUCAUCUCAGUUGGGAAGCAGAUUGAUCCUUGGAUUACCUUUUUACUGCCAACUGCACAUAGGAGUCACAGGAUAAACUUUAUACUUGUCAAUAAUAACCAGCCAUGGGGGAGGAAAAAGUCAACAGAUAUUCACAAAGAAAAUGGCCACGUAGAGUAACUCCACCAGUGAAGAAGAGUCAAGAAUACCUGUCAGAGUUCUCUAAACUUGGCUAGAGAAAUGCAAGAAUAAGUAAACUGCCUGACCGCUGGGUUAUAUUU